AUGUCACGAACUCAAUUCCGUAGAUAUGGAAAAGAAACCGUAGACUAUAUCGCUGAUUACAUGGAGACAAUUCAUAAAAGACGAGUUGUCCCGGCGAUCGAACCUGGGUAUCUAAAGGACUUGAUUCCUUCCGAUGCUCCUGAUAAGGCUGAGUCAUGGCAAACUGUUAUCGACGACUUUGAAAAACUGAUUAUGCCGGGAAUCACUCAUUGGCAGCAUCCGAGAUUCCAUGCUUAUUUCCCUGCUGGAAACAGUUUUCCAUCCAUUUUAGCAGAUAUGCUCAGUGAUGCUCUUGGAUGUGUAGGAUUCAGCUGGGCUGCUUGUCCAGCCAUGACUGAACUGGAGAUGAUCAUGCUCGAUUGGUUCGGAAAAAUGAUUGGACUUCCGAAAGAGUUUCUACCUCUGACUGAAGGAGCUAAAGGUGGCGGAGUUAUUCAGGGAUCAGCGUCUGAAUGUAACUUCGUUUCAUUACUUGCUGCCCGCUUUGAAGUCAUGAAAGAACUUCGUCAACGUUUUCCAUUUGUUGAAGAAGGUCUAUUACUCUCAAAACUGAUUGCUUAUUGCUCUAAAGAGGCACAUUCAUCUGUUGAAAAGGCUUGUAUGAUUGGAAUGGUCAAAUUGAGAAUAUUAGAGACAGACAGCAAAUUCAGAUUGCGAGGAGAAACACUGAAAAACGCCAUCCAGGAGGAUAGAAACUUGGGAUUGAUUCCUUUCUUUGUUUCCACCACUUUGGGAACAACAUCGUGUUGUUCGUUCGAUGUUUUAUCCGAAAUAGGACCAGUAUGUGAAGAGAAUGAAUUGUGGCUUCAUGUAGAUGCCGCUUACGCUGGAUCAGCAAUGAUCUGUCCAGAAUUCCGUCAUUUGAUGAACGGCAUAGAAUAUGCCAUGUCUUUUAAUACUAACCCCAACAAAUUUAUGCUUAUUAACUUUGAUUGUAGUACUAUGUGGGUACGUGAUCGUUUUAAACUCACUCAGGCUCUGGUAGUUGAUCCCCUCUAUCUUCAACACAGCUGGAUGGACAAAUCAAUCGAUUAUCGUCAUUGGGGAAUUCCUCUGAGUCGGCGUUUCCGUUCUUUGAAACUUUGGUUUGUUAUUCGAAUGUAUGGAGUUGAAGGACUUCAACGAUAUAUCCGAGAGCACGUUCGUCUGGCAAAAAAAAUGGAAGCUUUACUUCGAGCUGAUCAGGUCUUUGAGAUAGUUGGUGAUGUGCACUUGGGACUAGUUUGUUUCCGAAUGAAGGGUGAUGAUGAACGUAAUCAGCUUCUUCUUACUCGUCUUAAUAGCUCCGGCCGUAUUCAUAUGGUUCCUGCGUGUUUAAAUGAUCGCUUCGUAAUUCGUUUCUGUGUCUGUGCUGAGAAUGCUUCGGAUAAGGACAUUGAAAUCGCAUAUGAUAUAAUUUCACAAGGAGCUCAACAUAUUUUGCAUGAAAAAGCAGCGGAAGUAUUAUUAGAAGACAGAGAAGCUGAAGAGCUAGAAGAAAAAGCCUAUAAGGCGGAAGAGGAGGGAAAGGAGAGGAAGAUCUCGCUGGAUAGCACACCUACUUAUCCAGCUAUCGAAGCCCAAAUUUCCAAAGAAGAACUAUUAGCUCACAAACAGCAGGAGAGUUUAGCGAAAAAAAGAUCUUUCCUUGUCCGUAUGGUCUCUGAUCCCAAAUGCUAUAAUCCCAAAAUAGUUCGUCAUCUAAAUAUGGCAAAUCAUCGCAAAAUGAGUCAAGACCUUUUCCGUGAUCGCACACUCAUGCAAACAAUCUCACAUAGUCAACGGCCAAAUCGUCUACCAAAUCAAUCGCCUGGCUCUGGUGGCUCAGCAGCUAAUGCAAAUGUCUUCACCUAUGAAGAUGAUGAGGAGAAUGUGUGUGUCGCACUACAACAAACUGGCUUACAAACACCAAUUUGA